GGUGUCAGAAGUGGGAUAGUUAGUGAGGUGUUUAAAUAGUGGAAAAUCCCGCCGCACAGCAACGAGCAGCAGAGAACCCGUGGAUGCAGCCUUCGCUACUGUAAGUAAAACAUUUUUUCAUUUACACUUAUACUUGAUAUAUUAUUUAUAUUGCAAAAAUGCCCGAAACUAGAGCCUCCGAAAUCGAAGCACUUAAAGCUGAAUUAGAACAGCUAAGAAUUUUAUUAACGGUUGGGAGUAGCAGCAAAUUCUCUAUUCCCGACCCAAUAAAAAACUUAUCGGAAUUCACCGGUAAUAAGAAGGAACUCUCCAGCUGGCUACGUGAAGUAGACGAGCUGUACGAGAUGUUCAAAAUCAAAGGGGCUAACGGCCAGCCCGACUCAAUUAGCUCUAUGUAUCUUAGAGCAAUAAAAAAUAAAAUUAAAGGGGAUGCCCGCGCGGUAGUAUGCGCAAACGGCGAUCCCGAUACCAUCAGCGGUAUCAAACAGGUGCUCCUCGAGCAAUAUGGGGACCACCGAGACUUUGCUACUAAUGUGUCAGCAUUAUUUAAUAUAAAUCGUAAAGACAAAACACACCUUAAAUUUUACAAUGAAUGUAAAGAGAUAAAUACACGAUUGAAGGCGAAUCUGUCAUCCAAUCCAAUUUCGGAAAAACAAAUAAUAGACAUAUUAAGCGUUGCAAAAUACCUCGAUAACAUAGGUGAACCCCUGGCCUCCAUCAUAAGGCAAUCCAAACCGCAAUCGUUAGAAGAAGCAUACGAAGCCGUAUGCAUCAACCAAAAUGCUGAAAUCCGAUCUAAGCCGUUCAGAUUUCAUUCACAAUCUAAACCCCAGAGUCAGCCCGGUAGCAGUGGUUCUAACAACAACAACAAUUAUUAUGGCAAAACUAAUGCGAACGGUAAUAAAUUUGCGUAUAGAAAAGUGCAUCAACCUAAGCCCCGCGCAGAACACAACAACAACGAAGUCGACGUAGAUAUCAGUGACGAUGAAGAAAAUGAUGAAAACGUGAAUGCAGUGCAGAGUGAUGAUUCAAAUUUUACGACGACAGGGAACAGGAAACAACAACGUAAACAAUUUUAUUCCAUACAUUCGCUGCCGGUCUAA